UGUAGAUUCUUGAAGCUCAUUAUGAAGAUAUUGGCUAUCGAAGGGUUGCUAAUUAUAAAAGCGCCUAAUUGAUACCCAUCGAAACAUGGUCUCGGUCGGUAUAAUAAGUGCGAAGCUAUCAGACCUGCAUGAUAACAUUGCAAAAUUAUCACAUGAAUUGGAGGCUAAGCGUAAGGAAAACGAGUCUCAGAAAAAUAUUGUUAAAAAGCUCGAUUCAGAAAUUAAAGACAAACAUAGGUUUAUCGAUAGUUUAGAACAGAAAAGUGAGCAGCAUCGAGAAGCUAUUAGAGUCAAUACUGAGCGUCUGUGUGAGCUUCAAAAAUCAGCUGCUGAGUGCCAAAAAGCGCAUGAAUCUUUAGAAAAACGAUUAGAAAGUCAAGAAGAAUCAAUUCAGUUGCUUGAAGAUGAAGUUAGGGAAGCACAAAAUCUUGCAAAAUCUUCUGCUCAACUUUAUGAUGAGGUUAUUAUAGUCAGUUAUACUGAAUUCCUUAGACCGUUAAGCAACUUCAAGAAAACUAUCAUCGUAUCAAUUACUGCUACUCAUGAAAGAAAUAUGAAAUCUUUGAAAGAAGCACAUACCGUCGCAUUGAAACGUAUCAAUGAAUUAGAACAAUUACUUCAAGAGAACAAUAUACCAAUACCUCCUUUAACACCUAAAAGUCAAUUUAUAAUGGCAAAGAAAACGUAA